AUGGCAAACCGACUGAAGGCGUAUGUGGACUUCUUGAAUGGGCUGCCUGCGACACUCGCACGAACCAACUUUGAGACUGCUGUGACAGAGCUAUAUGCGCACAUCCUUCAGUUUCUGGCCCGAGCUAUUCAGAUAUACCAGACCUCAACGAUCCAGCGCGCCUUUACCGCGUUUUGGAAAGACGGCGAUAUCGAGGAUUUCGAAAAAGAAUGCAACCAGCUUGGCAUGAAUGUUGAGAUCGAGGCGAGUAAUUGUGACCGUACAUUGAAUGCCCGGGAUCGCGAGCACACUGAAAAAUUUCAGCGAAAACUCCAGGGAACGCUCGAGGAGCUCCAGAGAUCCCAUAAACUUGAAGCACUCAGCCGAAUAGAGAAGAAGAUCGACUUGGCCAGGUUGCCAUAUGUCAAAGGAGCCGCGUUCGAUUCCCAUGGCGAGGACUAUAUCACCUGCCAUCGUGAUACUCGAGUCGACUUACUACAUCAUCUUCGGGACUGGGCUCAGCAACCCCAGAGCAAUCGCAUCUUCUGGCUCAAUGGCAAGGCCGGCACAGGGAAGUCUACCAUCUCCCGGACUUUCGCGGAGUGGUUAACCGGUCCAGGUCGCCUGGGAGGUGUGGAUCUUGGGGCCAGUUUCUUCUUUAAACGAGGUGAAGGUGACCGAGGUUCUGCAUCGCUAUUCUUUCCCACCAUUGCCCAAGAACUUGUUUCAAAGGUAUCAGGGCUGGAUACUCUUAUCGCGGAAGUGGUUACUUCCGAUCCCUUCAUAUCUGACAAGCGUUUGGGCAUGCAAUUCGACAAGUUAAUUUAUGAACCCUUGCAAAAGUUGAAAACCCCUACCAAUGGCUAUUCGACUCUAGUGGUAGUGGUAGAUGCUUUGGACGAAUGUCAGAAUGAAGGCGAUGUUAGAACCAUUCUCGAGUUAUGGUCUCGCCUUCCCCAGAUCACGACUGUUUGUCUUAAACUCUUUCUGACGAGCCGGCCCGAUAUGCCUAUCCUGGAAGGGAUGGAGGGUAUGCAUGGUGAUGCUCGUCAGGACAUGAUUCUACACGAGGUUCCUCGAACGAUGAUUCAGCAUGACAUAUCUGUGUUUUUGAAGGAUGCAACUUCCAAGAUCAGGAAGAAUUAUAAUUCUAAACGACGAUCAAAUACACUCGAUCAUGACUGGCCGGGUGAUAAAGCCUUUGAAGUGCUAGUCGAUAUGGCCGUCCCUUUGUUUAUCGUUGCUGCGACUAUAUGUCGUUUCAUCGGCGAUCCUCAUUUUCCUCCUCAACGCCGGCUUGAAACGAUCUUACAAUCUCGAAGUGUGGCUCAUAUAUCCCAGAUCGAGAAAACCUACCUUCCUGUCGUCCAGCAACUUUCAGCAACCUUAAGCGACUCAAAUGAUGAGAACAAGCUAUAUCAAGACUUCCAGAUGAUCGUUGGAUCUAUCAUCACCUUUGCCGAACCGCUCUCCGUGAGUUCCCUAUCAUCCCUUCUCAAUGUGUCAACAGACACCAUCGAGCCCCUUCUAGGCUAUCUGCAUUCUGUUCUGCAAGUUCCCGCCGACUUUGAGACGCCUAUUCGGACUUUUCAUCUAUCCUUUAGCGAGUUUCUAUUGAGCGACAGACUUCGACGCGAACCUUUUGGGGUGAACGGCCCGGCCACGCAUCGAAUGCUUGUGACGAAAUGUCUGCAAUUGCUGUCCAAUGGUCUGCGAGAGAACCUAUGCGAUCUUAAAUAUCCGGGCCAGCCACGACGACAGCUUGACCGAACUAUAAUCGAUGAACGCCUUACACCCCCCUUUCAGUAUGCAUGCCGGUACUGGGUAUAUCAUGUCCAGCAUAGCGAGGCUCCGAUUCAUGACGAUGAUAAAGUGCAUAUGUUCCUACAGAAGCACUUCCUCCACUGGCUUGAAGCUCUAAGCCUAAUGGACAGGAUCACUGAAGCCAUUGGACACAUAGGCGCCUUACAAUCAAUUGUGCCGAAGUCUAGAGAGAAGACUGGCCCUAAAAUGAGGCAACAGGCGAACGAGUCAACUCAGCUAUCAGCCUUUCUUGAAGACGCGCGACGGGUUGUCCUUGCGAAUCGAUAUAUCGCCGACCUUGCUCCUCUUCAGAUUUAUUCGUCGGCUAUGAUUUUCGCACCACAGACCAGUAUUGUGAGGAACAUUUGUGGUCAGACCCCAACAUGGAUAUCGAGGCAUCCGAUAACUCCAGUAAUGUGGAGUGCGGAGCUACAGAAGCUGGAGGGACACACUGAUUGGGUGUACGCGGUAGCCUUCUCGCCCGACGGCUCACUGCUGGCCUCUGCAUCAAGCGAUCGGACGGUCAGGCUCUGGAACCCGAGCACGGGUCAAGAGGUGCAGAAGCUGGAGGGACACACUAGUUCGGUGAACGCGGUGGCCUUCUCGCCCGACGGCUCACUGCUGGCCUCUGCAUUGGACGAUGGGACGGAGCUGAAGGGACACACUAGUCCGGUGAACGCGGUGGCCUUCUCGCCCGACGGCUCACUGCUGGCCUCUACAUCAAGCGAUCAGACGGUUAGGCUCUGGAGCUCGAGCACGGAGAUGCAGGAGCCGGAGGGACACACUGAUUCGGUGAACGCGGUGGUCUUCUCGCCCGACGGCUCACUGCUGGCCUCUGCAUCAAGCGAUCAGACCGUCAGGCUCUGGAAACCCGGCACAGGUCAAGAGGUGCAGGAGCUGGAGGGACACACUGAUUUAGUGUACGCGGUAGCCUUCUCGCCCGACGGCUCAUUGCUGGCCUCUGCAUCGGGCGAUCAGACCGUCAGGCUCUGGAACCCGAGCACGGGUCAAGAGGUGCAGAAGUUGGAGGGACACACUAGUUGGGUGUUAGCGGUGGCCUUCUCGCCCGACGACUCACUGCUGGCCUCUGCAUCAAACGAUGAGACGGUCAGGCUCUGGAACCCGAGCACGGGUCAAGAGGUGCAGGAGCUGGAGGGACACACUGGUCCGGUGUUCGCGGUGGCCUUCUCGCCCGACGGCUCACUGCUGGCCUCUGCAUCGUACGAUCAGACGGUCAGGCUCUGGAACCCGAGUACAGGUCAAGAGGUGCAGGAGCCGGAGGGACACACUGGUUCGGUGAACGCGGUGGCCUUCUCGCCCGACGGCUCACUGUUGGCCUCUGCAUCAAGCGAUCAGACGGUCGGGCUCUGGAACCCGAGCACGGGUCAAGAGGUGCAGGAGCUGGAGGGACACACUAGUUCGGUGAGCGCGGUGGCCUUCUCGCCCGACGGCUCACUGCUGGCCUCUGCAUCGGACGACGGGACGGUCAGGCUCUGGAACCCGAGCACGGGUCAAGAGGUGCAGGAGCCGGAGGGACACACUGGUUCGGUGAGCGCGGUAGCCUUCUCGCCCGACGGCUCACUGCUGGCCUCUGCAUCGUACGAUCAAAUGGUCAGGCUCUGGAACCCGAGUACAGGUCAAGAGGUGCAGGAGCUGGAGGGACACACUGGUUGGGUGUUCGCGGUGGCCUUCUCGCCCGACGGCUCACUGCUGGCCUCUGCAUCAAGCGAUCGGACGGUCAGACUCUGGAACCCGGGCACAGGCCAAGAGGUGCAGGAGCUGAAGGGACAUACUGGUUGGGUGAACGCGGUAACCUUCUCGCCCGACGGCUCACUGCUGGCCUCUGCAUCGUACGAUCAGACGGUCAGGCUCUGGAACCCGAGCACAGGUCAAGAGGUGCAUGAAUUCGAGGCCGUACCCUCUAUCACGACUAUGCGUUUUGCAAUCGACAAUAAGACCUUACUUACUAACCGAGGAGCUCUAUCCAUUGAUACUCGAUUAGUUCCUGAACAGGCUAUCAGAUCUUCAACCAAUGAAACUAUCGUGAUCAAAAAUGAGUGGAUUCGACGAGGUGAAUAUAAUUUCCUCUGGCUUCCACAUGAGUAUCGCAGUGGUUGUUCGACAUUCUAUGGCAAUACGAUUGCCAUUGGUCUGAAGACUGGCCAAGUCAGAUUUAUUCAGCUUGAUGGUCCUUAA